GCUAAUUACAGAAAUGACGCAGAUGGUAAACAUCCUUAGCGUAUUUCAUCUUUUCAUGAUAUUUUAAAUUAUUUGGAUGGCUCUGGUUUAAAUAGCAUAACUUACUUGUGUAAUUUUCCAUGUUGGCAUAAUAGCAUAUGCUGGAAUUUCCCAGGUUUUUACAAGAAGAAGUGAUACCUGGUGCUGUUCUGGAAACAUUUAAACUGAUCUAUUCUUAAAUGGUUUUAGCUCUGAGCCAGUUUACUUCUUGAGCGAGUUUAGCUCAGGGAGAGAGUCUUCUUCAGAGCUCCUACGUGUUAAAAGCCACGUGUCCUCCUCCUUAAGGAGCUGUACAACUGCAGGUUGACAUUUUAGAGUUAGAAAGUGGAUAUUCAGCCAAGCGGGAAAGGUGUUUGAGUUGCUGUCAUACUGAAAGUCUCAAACAUGGCUUGUUAGUGGUCCAUAUGUUAGCAUUUGACACAUUCCGUGUUGUUAUAGGAAGUGUUCAAAAUGACUUUUUAAUCCAUCCUCUGCCUAAAACUCUGCAGCAGAAACCUGGAGCCAAACGGAGAUCCCACGGUGCUGGAUACGUAUGUGUUUGUUUUAAGGAUUACCAGAUGAGCUUGCUAUGGAUGGUGCUUCUCUUAAACUGUGUGCAGUGGUACAUUCCUAAUCUAGUACUUGCUUUGGGAGAGCUGAGAGAGAUAAAGGGGAGGAAGUAGCAUGUUUUGUGGUGAUGAGUGAGAUAGGGAUGAGUUUGCCCAGACUUACCCAAACCAUAGGGAGGAGGGAAGGGAAUCGAGCCUGGGCCUUCCAGAUAGCAAUCCAGAGGAGCAACCAUGCUCCCUCUUCAAGUUCUAAUGUUAGAAAACUUUUAGUCAUGAGGAUGUAGCAAAAAUAAUUUGCGUUAAAAUCGCUCAUAGUACAUUAUCUAGAAUAACAAAGCGAAGUUUCAUCUCAGAUAUUUGAUUUAUCUAGUAAAUAGAUUUAAUUUAAAUAAAUGGAUUUGCUUUACGAACUCCAGUGGCUGUCAGCAUUUAUUCUGGAGGUGCCUGCUUUUUUAUUUAACAUCGUAUAAAAAUACUUUAACUUCUGCAUUACCGUAUUUUGAUUCUCUACAUUCUUUGUUUAAUUAAAGUGCUUCUAGAAACGUCACUGAAAGCUGUGAAUGCCAGUUUUUCUAGAGCUAUUUGAUUCCAUUUUGAAUGAGUUAUCCUGCCUGCUGUUUGCAUAGGUGAUGCUGAAAGACGCAGCAUUGAAAACUCUUCGUGUUUUAGUUUAGUAGGCUUAAGAAUCACUAUUAGCAACAGAAACCCCACAGAGGAAAAUACAUUUGACUUUUAUUAGAAAACUCUCCUAGGAAGGCAGAGGAUUUAAUGAGGUUUAGUAGACAUUUAAUUGCCGUCUAAACUUUAUCCCUUACCAGUGGGAUUUGCUGUAGUUGGCUUAUAGGUAAUUUCUUACUGGAGAGACUGGAUUUAAGACUUCAUUUUCCCAACCAAGUCCCGUUGUUCUCCCAUCACUGCGUACAUGAUAUGGGCGUCAGCAUUUUUCUGUAGUGUUGAUCCUGUAUUUUUGCUUAACCCAAUUCUUCGUUCUGCUGUUACGUUGUUUUACUUUCUCUCUCUUUGCCUCCUAGGUCUUCUUGUGGGAACAUUAGACGUGGUUUUGGAUUCCAGUGCCAGAGUUGCCCCGUACCGUAUUCUGCACCAGACUCAGGACUCUCAAGUGUAUUGGGCAGUGGCAUGUGGAUCAUCCCGUAAAGAGAUCACAAAGCAUUGGGAGUGGCUGGAAAAUAACUUACUGCAGACUCUCUCCAUCUUUGAUAAUGAAGAAGACAUCACCACCUUUGUCAAGGGGAAGAUACAUGGAAUUAUUGCUGAAGAGAACAAGAAUGAGCAGCCCCAGAGUGAAGAGGAUCCAGGUAAAUUCAAAGAGGCUGAACUGAAGAUGCGGAAGCAGUUUGGGAUGCCCGAGGUGGAGAAGUUGGUCAAUUACUAUUCCUGCAGCUAUUGGAAGGGGCGUGUGCCCAGGCAGGGUUGGCUGUACCUCACUGUGAACCACCUCUGUUUCUACUCCUUCCUGCUGGGCAAAGAGGUUACACUGGUGAUCCAGUGGGUGGAUGUAACCCAGCUAGAAAAAAAUGCUACCCUGCUGUUCCCUGAGUGCAUUAAAGUAAGCACAAGGGACAAUGAACUUUAUUUUUCCAUGUUUCUCAAUAUCAACGAGACAUUCAAGCUGAUGGAGCAGCUGGCUAACAUUGCUAUGCGGCAGCUAUUGGAUAAUGAGAGCUUCCUCCAGGACAAGUCCCUCCCAAAGCCCAGGAAGCCUCUUAAGAACAUCUCUGCACUAAAAAGAGACCUGGAUGCUCGAGCCAAAAAUGAGUGCUACCGUGCCACUUUCCGGUUGCCCAAGGAUGAAUGCCUGGAUGGACAUACAGACUGUACCUUGUGGACACCUUUCAACAAGAUGCAUAUUCCUGGCCAGAUGUUUGUUUCCAACAAUUACAUCUGUUUUGCCAGCAAGGCAGAGGAGGCCUGUCACCUCAUCAUUCCUCUCAGGGAGGUGACAAUAGUUGAGAAAGCAGAUAGUUCCAAUGUCUUGCCCAGCCCUCUGUCCAUCAGCACUAAAAGUAAAAUGACCUUCUUGUUUGCCAAUCUGAAAGACCGAGAUUUCUUGGUACAGAGAAUCUCUGACUUCUUACAGAGAACACCAUCCAAGAAACCGUGCAGCAGCGACAGGGAAUGGAAGUGGAAUUUGGCUGAGCCUGGUUGCGAGGAGGUUCCAGAGCUGCCUUCCAGCAGCCCACUGGCCGUUAGCCCCACGUCUGCUCUCGGCAAUCGACCUGUCGGCUUCUCUGCCGGGGAAGUGCCAACAGCCUCGCAGGGACUACUCAAACUCUUCAGAAGAAAUUCCGAGGAGCUCUUGGGACCCAAAGGGGCAAAGGAGAAGAUGAAAGAAGAGUCCUGGAACAUUCAUUUCUUUGAAUAUGGGCGGGGGAUGUGUAUGUAUCGCACUGCCAAGACGAGGGAGCUUGUGCAAAAAGGAAUCCCAGAGAACCUUCGGGGAGAGCUGUGGCUCCUUUUCUCAGGGGCAUGGAAUGAGAUGGUGACUCAUCCUGGUUACUAUGCAGAUCUUGUGGAAAAGUCAAUGGGGAAAUACAAUCUUGCUACAGAGGAAAUUGAGAGAGAUCUGCACCGUUCUAUGCCAGAACAUCCUGCCUUCCAGAAUGAGCUGGGAAUUGCUGCCCUCCGGAGAGUCUUAACAGCUUAUGCAUUCAGAAAUCCAACAAUUGGGUACUGUCAGGCCAUGAACAUUGUGACAUCUGUACUGCUGCUGUACUGCAAUGAGGAAGAGGCUUUCUGGCUCCUGGUGGCUUUAUGUGAGCGGAUGUUGCCAGAUUACUACAACACGAGAGUAGUGGGUGCACUGGUGGACCAAGGCAUCUUUGAAGAACUUACACGAGAAUAUCUUCCACAGCUGUCAGAAAAGAUGCAGGACCUGGGAGUGAUUUCCACCAUAUCCCUUUCCUGGUUUCUCACUCUCUUUCUCAGUGUCAUGCCCUUUGAGAGUGCCGUGGUCAUUGUUGACUGUUUUUUCUAUGAGGGAAUCAAGUUUAUCUUGCAAGUGUCAUUGGCCAUACUUGAUGCCAACGUGGAGAAGCUGUUACAGUGCUGCGAUGAAGGUGAAGCCAUGACUAUUCUGGGCAGAUAUUUGGACAACGUAGUUAACAGACAGAGUGUCUCUCCCCCUAUUCCCCACUUGCACGCCUUAUUGACGAGUGGAGAUGACCCGCCACUUGAAAUCGACAUCUUUGAACUCAUUAAAACAUCCUAUGAGAAAUUUAGCAAUCUGAAGGCAGAUGAUAUAGAACAAAUGCGUUUUAAGCAAAGGCUGAAAGUGAUCCAGUCUCUGGAGGAUACAGCCAAGAAGAGUGUGGUCCGAGCUGUGUCUAGUGACAUUGGUUUCUCUAUUGAAGAGCUAGAAGAGCUGUAUGUAGUGUUCAAGGCAAAGUAUCUGAUGAGCUGUUACUGGGGCAACAACCGUGCUGCAGCUGCCCGCCGCGAUCAGAGUUUGCCCUACCUGGAGCAGUAUCGCAUCGACAUGGAGCAGUUCAAAGAGCUCUUCAUCAGCCUGACCCCCUGGUCCUGUGGCGCACACACACCGGUGCUGGCAGGGCGUUUGUUCCGGCUUCUGGAUGAGAACAGGGAUUCUCUCAUUAACUUCAAGGAGUUUGUGACAGGGAUGAGUGGAAUGUACCAUGGUGACCUCACUGAAAAACUCAAAGUACUUUACAAACUGCAUCUGCCUCCAGCUCUGAAUCCAGAGGAGGCAGAGUCUGCUUUGGAGGCCACGAGUUAUUUCACAGAGGAUGUUACAACAGAAGUAUCUCCUUUUGUCUCAGAGCUGGAUUUCUGCCUGCACUGUGAGUCUCAAGAAACCCAAGAAGAUAAAGGGAGGAAAAAUGAAAAUGGUCCAGAAAAAGAGGAGAAAGGUACCAGUCCGCAGGACUAUAGAUACUACCUAAGAAUGUGGGCCAAGGAAAAAGAGUCCAAGAAAGAAACCAUUAAAGAUCUCCCUAAAAUGAGCCAGGAACAAUUCAUAGAGUUGUGCAAGACCCUUUACAACAUGUUCAGCGAGGACCCGGUGGAGCAAGAGCUGUACCAUGCAAUUGCCACUGUCGCCAGUCUCCUCCUGAGAAUUGGGGAGGUUGGGAAAAAAUUCUCUAACAGGCCCAUGAGGAAGUCUGAGGACUGCAAAGCAAACAAUCCCCAAGAUCCUGUGAGCGAAGAGGAGUCACCAACAUCUGAACAGAGUCAGAAUUCAGCAGUGGAGCAGCAACCCCAAGCUGACCAGGAGGACAAAGCCUGUGGCGAUGCUCAGCCUGAAAAAACACAGCCGGAGAACCAAACUCUAGGAGAUGGGUCAGGGGAAGGACAAGGCUCUCCUUUACAGCUGCUAUCAGAUGAUGAAACCAAAGAUGACAUGUCCAUGUCUUCCUACUCCAUGGUCAGCACAGGCUCCCUGCAGUGUGAAGACAUUGCAGAUGACACGGUCCUGGUGGGUUGUGAGGGCAGUAGUUCGGCUGCCAGGUACGGCAGUACCAUUGAUACUGACUGGUCCAUCUCCUUUGAGCAGAUCUUGGCAUCCAUGCUGACAGAAACGGCCCUCGUAAACUACUUUGAGAAAAAAGUCAACAUUCUGCAAAAGAUCAAAGAUCAGAAGAAGGUAGAGAGGCAGUUCAGUUCCUCCAGUGACUAUGAACUUUCCUCCGUGUCAGGGUGAACUCAAGAAAGCAGGAAUUGUCUUUGGGAGAUAAAACAGGGAGAUAAUGUGGCAGAUGGCAGGAUGGUUUGGUAUUUUGUGUUUGGGGUAUUUUUUUUGUUUAAUCAGAGACCAGUAACUACACAAUUACAUUAGAUUCCAAUCGAUAAGGGGCUUCUGACAGUGACUGUUUUGUGUAGGUGCUUCUUUGGCUACUCUGGCUGCCAGAAUUAGAUUUACAUCCUCGAGAGCCAUUAGAACCUAAUAGCCCCUGACAUAUAGAAUUACCACCAUAAAUUAUGCAUGUCUGCCUUUUGCUAUCUUUCAUUUUAAUGAAGUUUUAUUUCAGACAGUAACUGCUCCUUGCCUGCCCUUCUUUGCUGUCGGUUCUUGCGCAGCAGAUGCAGCCUGGCUUGAAACCACGUCCUGCCAGCGCGAGAGCUAACGCAGUGUAGUCAAGUGCUAUAGGACCCUGACCUAUAAAUAGUCUCGUGAGUCCUUCAGUGCUGUUCUGUGACUCAGCAGCUAUCAUGCAGUUGUGCCCCGCUGCUCCCAGCACCCUGAGGUCUAAACACAGGCGUUUCUCUGAUCUGCAGGUUUCUUUCAGACGUGAUUUGGCAUUUUCAUAGUGCACAACCACCUUUUUUGGUUUUUUCCCCUCCUUCAGCAUUCGGGAGUUUUCAGACAAACCUGGUUUUCUAGCACUUGCUUUUCUAAUCCUUUGAAAGCCAUUGUUUUUAUUUGGUCUGAGAAGUCACAAGCUGCUUGACUUCAGUGCAGAAGUAAUAUUAGGUCAAUUUGUGGGCUCAUGACCAUUAUAAUGAGGGAAUAUGUUCCUAAAUUAGAACUUGGUGAAUCAGCCUCAGUGUUACAGGGCAGUGACACACUGGUCUGCUGGACUCUCCCUGCUGGUACAGAAAAGAUUCAUUAUUUCUUGCUGAUUCUCUGUUUUCACUAGCCAGUGAUGGGUCCAAUUUUUAGGAGGGCCCCUCAGAACCCUCGAUUGGUCAGCCCUUGGCAAUGCUUGGCACAGGGAGAUGUGCAGGAGAGCUCUGCCACCUGCAGCUGCCCGGCAUGUCCUUUCUGAACAUCUCAUGUUCAAAGAGUCCAGCGAUGGGUGUGCUCUUAGAAACUGCUGCACAUCAAAGGGCAUUUAUCCCUAAAGAGGGAGAACUCGAAGCAGCAUGGCCCUCUGCCACCAGCCCAUUAAGGGAAACCUCAACAGACUAGAUCUCUUCCCAGUCAAGAGGCGAAAUAACUGGGAGACUGAGUGACUGCUCUUUUAAAUCAAUUAAGACCAGAAGAAACGUAAAGAGAGUUAGCCUUCUAGUAGUGGGGCGUGCGCUCCGAGGAAGGAGAAUUAAUGCUGUUCCUACAGAUAAAUUCAUCUCAUUAGGCAGGCACCUGCCCUUGUGGGGCCAGACCCAUGGGAGAGAGACCCUGCUGCUGCUGGGGGAGAGCAGAGCCCACACUGAAGGCAAAGGUUUGGGAUGGCUUUUGGCUGGCACCGGGGGUAUCACGGGUGGGAAGGACACGUUGGGUUGGAUGUUCCCAUUUAACACUAAUCGGUGUGCUCCUCAGUGUUAAUUCCUCCUUGUGACAUUCUCUGUUACGUAUUCACAGCUGGUACAUACUUCUCUGCCUCCUCUGUCCUGCAUCACUGGAGAGCAGCCAUUAGUAAAACGGCUUUUACUAAUUAUUCAGUAAUUUAUUGUAAUUUUUUUAAGGUACAAAUAAUACAUGUGAUUUUACACUGUCCGUCUGUCUUACCUGUCAUGUACUCAAUAAAUGAACCAGAAUCCUA